AAAGGAGAUGAUGAGAGCACAAAUUCUAUAGUGGCAAUAAUAUAUUAUUAUUAUUGUAUUAGAAAAGUGAGAAAGCUUGUAAAAAUGAACGACAAGGGAAGUAGUUCAGAAUCUUUGCUGAAUUCAGAGAAAGAUGAGCUUCUUCCGAGCCGUUCAAAAUAUUCCUCAACCAGGUCAGCAUGGACGUUUUGGUUGGUUUAUACGACAGCUGUGGUUGUGCUUGGAUCCUCUUUCCAAUUUGGAUUCGGCACGACCUGUAUGAAUGCGCCAGAGAAGGUAAACUCUGAAAUUUAUGGUUUUAUUUAGUGGCCUUCGAGUUAAAGAAAUCGGUGCUUGCUUGAAUUGUGAAGCCGCACGUUCUCCAUUCGGGCUGUAAUUGUGUUAAUCCGAUCCCGUGACAAAAUUUAGCUUUAGAUGAAAUUUAUAAUUAACCGAGUCAACUGUCUUUUUAAUGUGAAUGAAAAGUAAACCUAGAACCGUAACCCUAGACAAAGCAGGUACUUGCAAAUUUAAUUUAGUAUAAUAUUGCCCAACGAAACGCUAGCAACCCAGUCACAGGUAGCCCAAAUGUUCACCGACUGUUGCGUAAUAACUUCCCAAAUCUGAAGAUUUGCAUGGUUUCUAAACCCUACAUAAAUAUGUGUGAAAAAGAUUUUGGUAGAAACUUGGGCCUACCUCACUUAGUUAGUGUGUUCCUAUACUUGAGCCCUAGUGCAACCAGUUUGAUCUCUUCCUGAGCGAGGCUGGGUACUUUUCAAGGCAGUGGAAUGCAAAUGCUGAGGUACCCUGCAAACAGUGCCUCCUUCGAUCUUCCUAGAUAAGUCAGAAAGAGGAAGGAACCUCUGCUGACUUCCUCAACAAUUCAUAUUGAGCAUGCUCCAAAUUCAAAUUUUUAUGCAACGUCAAUCAAACCGUUACCAAAUGUUAGCGGGAACAUACCGGUUCAUUUUCACCCUUCAGUAUCCAGGGCUGUCAAAAAGUUUUCAUGUAGCAGGCUGAUAAUGAAUGGUAGGCGGCUUUGGAACUCGCACCAAAGGCACAAGUUCUUGAGGGCCGAGGCAUCUAAGGACAUUUUGAAAUCUGGAGUCUUAGAAAUGGCAUUUCCAGGGGUUUUCAAGAGGAAUUUUCCAAUGCAGAUGCUAUGUUUUUUCGUCACUACACUCACAGCACUGGGAACAAUGCCAUCAAAAUGUAGCAGGCAUUCCACGACAUCGCACGGCUCGAGGGUUUCACAGAUCUAAACCUGUUCAAAUAUGCGUUCAAUGUCAUUCAAAACUGGAACACAAAUGCUUUACAAUUUUAUUCGAUGGUACUUAUUUUUUGUUAGCAGUUAUGGUAAAAGGGGAUGAAAGUAGUCGGCUAAGGAUGACUAACUAGCCGGCGGCUUUGGCCAGCUACCGGCCCUUAUUGACAGCCGUGACAGUAUCUGUGUUUCCUCUGGGAGUCUAAACUUGCCAUGUUUCAGUAUAAAGAAGACAAUAAAACUAAGACCUAAGGUAAUAAUUACUGUGCUUUUCAAAAACAUGCGACCGAACACUGAAGUUCAAAAGCAACGAGCCUUGAAACACAGAAACACACAAAACAGAUCGUCGAAAUCCACCAAUCACAAACCAUGACCUUUUGUUUCCUAAGAGGUUUGCUAAGAUAUAAAAGCGCCAAUUCUUCAGAUUAUGAUUGACGUUACAGAAAAACCCAAAAUUCAAAGACAUUUUUUACAUCACAGGUGGUGUGUUAUCCAGCUGUAAAAGCAUUGAUCAUUUAAAUGCAACUUGGAUUCUUCAGUCUCAUGAUCUUAUUUUGAAUUAAUGUUAUAAAUAAGCAAACACAAGAGAAUAGGCAUAGAUAUUGUUUCUUAAACUGUACUUUUAGUCAGAACCCAUUAGUUUAUCCUGCCAAGAACUUUGUGUAACUCUUACUGGAUUGUGGAUCCACUCAUGCAAGUAAAAUUGGCUAAGCUCUUGAUUGAAUGCAAAACAAAAUCCAUCUCAAAUCAGGGUGCAUUUUCCAAUUUUUCUAAAACUAAAUGUUCGAUCUAUAAUUUUUUCAAAAUUCCUGCAUGAAAUUAAAGCGGCAGCUGUUUGUUUUGUUAUAGAGCAUGAGUGCAGAAAGAGUCAGCAACACUCCAGAAUACGCGUGCAUGCACAGAGAAAACUGGUUUAUCCAGUAAGAAACUUGUCUGACUCAUCCAAAUUGCAGAAUGAUCAGCAAAUCAAAGGAAUUUGAAGAUGUCGGCAGAGUCGCUUUCUCUUUCCCAACUUAUCUAGGAAAGAUCAAAGCGACUCUGCUAGCAGGGUAAUACUGAGGGAAAAUAGCCUAAAAUUAAUUGCUAUGUACAACAGUUACUUUCCACGUACCUCCAAAUAUAUGUAAUUGUGAAGAACAGUACCCCUUAACAUACAAACAACCAACAGUAGACUGACAAUCAAUCAACUGUCAGCAAUAGUCAGCCGACAAUUGGCCAACAGUCAACCUACUGUUAGUCAACUGUUGGUCAACUUUCAGUCGACAGUAGGCCAACAGUCUACCAAGUUUUCAGAGUAAGAGAAAAAUUUUGUAAUCUACUUGUUCUUUGGACAACCAUCAUAGAAAUUUUGAUUGUCCAAAAUGCAAAACUACAUGUCGAAAAUGUUUGGUUCAACUUCAUUUAUAAAUGAAGUGAACGUAAAAGACAUAUAACAUGCCACCUUUAGCAUGUUUUCAUUAAUAUCAACGUUAAUUGAGGUAUAAUUUACAAUGCUACAAAUGUUAGUUAGGCCAGGGUCCUAAUUAUAAGACGCAAAGCUCACAGAAACAAAUGGAAUGGCCACAGAAUUAAUAAAGAAAUUUACACUCAUUUUGUCAAGUUGGAAAUUUGCUUUAUAUGACGAGGAGAUAAAUUUCAGUACUAUUGAAAUUCAUGUUUGUGUGGUUGUAAUUCAGCAAUCAAUCAAUCAAUCCUCUUUCCAGUUGGGAUCCAUCUCAAGGCAACUGUGGGUGUUCUUCACACAACCCUCUAAAAAUAAACACUCUUUGCACUCUUUUCAACUACAUACAAAACAUAAUUCUCACAGUUUACUAUAAUAAUUAUAGUAAACUGUGUUGAUAAAAAUUAUUCUUAUCAACACAUUAAUUUUUAGUCCCUCCUCUUCAACACACAAAUUCACAUCGCGACCGCACUUUUAAUCCCCGAUCGCGAGUUAUUAUUAAGUCCUAGUUCUUAAAUGCAAAACUUUUUGUGGGACUGAAUUAUAGACUUACUAAGCUCUUGAGUAAUAUAAUAUUAUUCAUGAGUGGACAUACGUGUAGGAUUUUAAUUUUUGGUCAGUUAUAGAAGGCAGUUUGCUAGAGAUUGGAGCCCGAUUGACCUCUGUACGUGAAUCAAUUCAUGUGGUAUUGAAAUACAUAAAAUUACUAGUGUUCAUUAAGGAAAGAUAUACAAUAUUUGAGUACCUGUUGAUCCCUACAACUCUUCCUGCAUUUUGUUUGUUUAGUUAUAUUGUCUGGUGUAUGUGAAGGGUUUUUUAAGAUUAAUUUAAAUUUGAUUGUGUUUUUCUUUCAUAACAGAACAUUAAAGAUUAUUUCAGAAAGCAUGGAACAUUUACUGAACUGAUGUGGUCAACAGCAGUGGCCAUAUUUGCAAUUGGUGGAAUGUUUGGUUCAGUUAUUGGUCAAAUCAUAGCUAAUUUCCUAGGAAGGUACAUGGUCAAUUUUCGUGUUAUCAAGCAUUGCAAAAACAAGUCUCUGUCCUCUAGUCUAAAAUUAUUUUCUUGACACAUUUUUAAAAUAUUUUUUCUGAUUUUCCUUGACAGUAAAAGAACCCUGUUGCUAAACAAUAUACCAGCAAUUAUUGGCUCCUUGAUGAUAUUUUCUUCAUACUAUGCUAAAGGACCAGCCUUACUCAUUAUUGGACGACUUAUUUUUGGAUUUAAUAAUGGUAAGGGUUUUGCUGCAUCUAUGUUGUUCAUUUUCUUUAUGAUGCUUGUAGUUGUGAUUUUGCUACAGCACCAAAUAAGUUGACAAUAUAAAGAGUGCCAUAAAGUAUUCAUCUAUUGAUUUAAUUAACUAUUUUUCCAAAUUGCUUUUUUUUUGUUUUUCUUUGUUUUAAAAUAAUGCUUACACAGCAGAUACAUUGUACAAUAAAAGAAUAGCAGGACACCCUAGACCUGUUCAAGAUCCUCCUUUGUAAAUUACAGAUACAUGCUGUACACUGUAAAUAUCUUAGGAGUUGGACAUUAUUUGCUCUCUUAACUCAUCUAGGUCUUUAGUUUUUGACUUGGUAAAGUUGAUAUAUAUACAGGGUGUAUUAACACAGGUUAGAUAAGAUACAGUGUAGUAAUAUUGUUUUGAUCAGUACAAUUUUUUUUUUUUUUUAAUUUUUAUUUUAUUAUCAUUAUUCAUUUUUAUUUAUUUAUAUUAUAUUUAUCUAUUAUGUUAUCUGCUUACUUAUUUAUUAAACUAUAUUUUUGCUGGUGUGAUUGUAUCUUCAGAAUAGUAAAUUUAAAUCAAUUUCAAGCAUUAUAAAUUUGGCAAGACAAUCUUCUAAUAUGUAUUAUUGUAUUGACUUUGAUUUUUGGUUUACUUUAGGUAUAAACACUGCCGUUGCUCCAGUAUACUUAUCAGAAAUAGCUCCCAUCAGAAUACGAGGUGCUCUUGGGGUACUCAAUCAGUUUGGAAUAGUCACAGGAAUGCUUGUAGGCUAUAUUUUGGGGCUUAAAGAAGUAUGUUGCUUAAGCUUUUAAAUAUCCUUAGAUCAUCAAACUUCAGUUUUAAAAAAAAAUAAUCAUUAACAUAACAAAGUUUAUAAAUGAAAAAAAUUACGGUGGAACCCUGUCUUACUACCAUUAGGUAAUACAGUCACUUCGUAAUAUUGUCACAUUUUUUCAGGUCAGCAAAACAGCCAUACCUUUUCUUAUAAAAAAAACCCUUGUUAAUAUGGUCACCCGUUGAUACGGCCAAAGGCCCUAUCUAAAAAUCCUAAACAGUAGAAUCUUUUAUAAUGUCAACCUGUUAAUAUGGUCACUCACUUGAAAUUUAGAAAAUUGAAUCACCUAUGAAAGUCCAUUCAAUUGACCUAGCAAGCUGAGCCUGUUCUUGUAUUAUUUUUAGACUACAGUGCACUUAAGAUGUAUUGGGUGAUUCCAGAAAAUAUCCAUACCCUACCACGGGUGGCAUGAGUAUUUUAACCCCCCCUUGCCCACGGAAAUUCCAAAAUGCUUAUCCCCCCCUUGCCCUCCGAAUUCCAAAAUCGCUAACCCCCCCUCUCCUCCGGAAUUUUCCACUUUUGUUUCAGACCCUUUGGAAUUCCUGUUCGUCUGCCUAAAUCUUCAAACGAACGAGAAACUUGCACUUUUUCCCUCUGCAAAAGAAUUCUGUUCACAAUUUUUACUCAGACGAUCAAGCAACUCAAGUUUGUUAACGUUAGUACACCGUAGCUAUUCCUUCUAAGCAUUAUCUUUAAGCUGCUUACCACCUAAUAGAACUUUUUGUUUUCCAUUCAAUACCGUCAUAUUUUCAGGAGUAGAUCGUAUUGAUACCAGUGGACGCUGACAAGAGUAAAGUUUACGAUCGAUAUUCCGUCACCUGCCAUAUUGAAAAUUUAAACAGUUUUGAAUUAAACAGCGCAUCAAAAGGCACGCUGUCGGAUUUUACUACCUACAUGUUGGCGUGGAAAUCGGCGUGAAAUACAAAAUCUGUCAGGCGUUCUAUUUGGAAACGAGAGACUGGUACGAGUUUUCAGCACAGCACGCAACAACACAUCGUCGAUCAACAAUCGGCGAGAAACACCGACUUGGUUAUAUUUUUAUUAAUCAGUUGACUAAUUCCUCAACUUUAAGGCCUCUUCCAUGUGGAGCUUGCUGCACAACCCAUCUGCUUAUCCCAUCUACAUGAACACAUACUUCUUCCGUGGUCGGUUCGUGCUUCAUUUACAAACUGGGAAUGUUAACAGGUCAGCGAUUUCAAGUGGAGCUUUCGCCGUCUUUCCUCUGGAAAUUCACUGAAUUCAGAGCUGAAACACCCCCCCAUGCCUUUGGAAUUCCAAACUGCGUUACCCCCCCACGUCUUCGGAAUUCCAGUCCAAGAAACCCCCCCUCUCCCUCGGAAUUCCAAGAUGCCGCCCGUGGUAUGGUAUGGAUAUUUUCUGGAAUCACCCAUUUGUGGUGGUUUGAUAGUCGAUUUUUAAGAGUGUUUAAUAUACUGAAGGAAAGUUUCAAGUAGUUUUUACAAAUAAUUUCUAGUACAGUCGAACCUCGAUUAUCCGGAGCUCGGUUAUCUGGACUUUUCGAUUAUCCGGACUUGUUUCCCUGGUCCUGUUUUUUUCAUAAAUGUUAAUAAGAUGUGAUAUUGAAAAAUUGAAUUGAUUAAAAGCUCAAUUACCCUUCCAAACAUGUGUUUGAAACAGUGAUUUAAUCUGGUUCGCUUUUAAAAAGCAUGAGCGACAAGAGGUGGACAAUUAUCUGAUGCAUUCAGCUGCAUUCUGAUUGGCUCAAUUAUUUUGCUAUUAAGGGAAUGUCAUGCUUGAUUCUGUGUUUGUUAUGUAAACACAAGAACAAUCUAUCAUAAACUCAAAUCACGGCCUUGUCUAUGCAAUAAAAGUGGUCCAUUCUAUUGAUAAAAGAUAAGCAAACAAUAGUUGUUUGCUUAUUGUUUAUCUAUUUCACAUUUGGAGAAAGGCAAAAAAGGAACAAAUUUAGGCUGCACUCAGUUUAAAAUCAAUCUUGCAGCAGAUAUCAGAUAUAUGCAAAAGCAAAGAGAAGAUCCUGAAAUUCACUGACAGCAUUGUGACAAGUGAAGGAUUGAAAAUACAUAAAUACUUACAGUUUGUACAUUUAAGAAAAGUUUAGUUUUUCUAAACACCAUUUCUGCAAUUGGUAUAGGAUUUAAUGGAGCUGAAACCAAUUGUGGAAUUGCAUGCAUUUUAGGCAUCCUACUGAUGAACAUGCAGUUGCGACACGUAGAUAUAUUUUUUUUAGCAACUAAUAUAAUUUGCAGUCUGUCUACUUUGAUUUGUUAUUAUUGUUGCUAUUUAUUAUUUUUGUUAGUCAAUGUGUCUAAUUUUUGACUGACAUACUGACAUUGUAAUGUCCUUUUAGCGUACAAAGUGCUUUAGGCUAUUUUGCAGUGCAAAGGAUAAUACUAUAGUUAUGAUCAUGAUACUAUACUUAUAUUCUCCUGCCAUAUUGGAUGUGGAAACUGACAGAGAGGGAGAGGUUGCCUCCAGUUCCCCUCCUCCCUUUAAGUUUUUCAAUUGCUUUCAAGAUGGUGGCCGCAAUCAAUGUACCUUUAAGCUUUUAUUUAAAAGAAUGCCUGCUCUGGAGGCCAUAUCCUUAUGUAACUAUGCACCUAAAGAUAGAAUUUUAUAUAAAAUUUGUCAUUUUGUGGCUUGUUUAAACCAUUGUGUUGUGUCAUGUCUGGUCGGGCAUGAGAGCAUAAAUUAUGCCACUAAUUGUCACAUCUUUAAAUUGUGUCUCUAACCAGGGUCUUUCAUCUGUAUGUGCAUGUACUCCCCAUUCCUUAUGUUUUGGCUUAAAUGUCUUUGCCAAACAAUUCAGUAAUACAUUGUAUAACAUCCUGAAAUUAAUGCUUUGGCAUUGAAUUAUAAAAGCUGGUGCAUAUUACUUUAAGACUGUGAAACGAAUUAGUGGAUGACAACUUUAUACUGUAGGCGUAAGUCAUUGUAAACAUCCAGGCAUUAAUUUCUGAUUGUGCCCUAAUUUGUGGCUUUGUUAAUGUAAUGGAUGUUGUGUGAACUUUAUGAUUUUGUUUUACCGGUGGCAGGUUCUUGGUACAGACACAGGCUGGCCUUACUUACUUGGAUUUGGAUUUCUUGUUGCCAUGCUUCAACUGAUUACCCUGCCAUUUUGUCCAAGAAGCCCACGUUAUUUGUUACUUAAGCUAAACAAAGAACCUGAAACUGUAGAAGGUAAUAUACUUUAUUUUGCUUAUUUUGCAUUUGACAUUGCCUUGAUAAAAAGAACAUUGAUGUACCUACAGUAGAAUUCUGAUUUUUCUUAACACCCUAUUUCCCAGAACUUCUGAAAAUUCGAGCCUUCAUCUAAUUUCCCUUAGUCAGUCAAACACUGUCGUCGACAGGCCUGGGUCCCCAUUCGGGCAAAUAUGGUCAACCAUUUUCCAAUUUAUUUAAAUAUAUAUAUAUAUAUAUCCCCCAACAAAAAACACUUACUUUGAAAACAGAUAUCUACAUGCAGUCAGGCAAUUCUGCUAUCCUGUAUGUUACAGUAAUGUUGAAUGAUGCUUUGUUUUUUUUUUUUACUCCCUUUAUCUCUAUUCAUUUGCUUUUGCUUUUCAUUUUUCAUUUUUGUUUUGUCCUGUCCUGUAUGUGUGAAAGUCAUAUUUUUUUGCCUAAAAAGUGUUGAGGAGUAUGCAUUACCUACCUACUUAACUCAUUUAAUGGUCAUUUCUGGUGUCAGUUGAUGAGUACAUGUAUAAUGACAGGCAGGUUUUCUUUUUUUUGCACACUCACAGUACUGUUAUACUUGAAAAUAUUCAGUGCAUUAAUGAAAGUAAAUUUACUUAGUGUUAAUUAAGGUGAACUCAUUAAUUGUUUUGACACAGCCUUGAUAAAACUAAGGGGAACUUCCAAUGUGAGUGAGGACAUUGAAGAAAUGAGGGUAUGUUUCUCAUCAAACAUUUAUUUUGCAACUAAUUUUAAGAGGCAGUGUGGUAAUAGCUUGACUUAAUUGUUUGGUCAUUAUAAGAAUAUUGGAGGUACCAAAAGAGUACUGCAACUCUUGACAGUCUCGCCAACUUACAAUCAUCACUAAAUAGUAAAUAAGGUUAAGAGAUGAUACCACUCAUGCUCACUUUUUAACAGAUUUCCUCUCCAUCCUUUUUUAUUACUAUUUUAUAAAAUGAAUGUGAUAAUUUGUGUACAUGACUGUUCCUCUUGCUGGGUUUCUUUGAGUAAAUGUAUCUUUUAACUGAUGUGGUACUUGUGACAUUUGAGGGGUGACCUAUGAAGAAAGUGUGUAAUCUACAGGACAGGUAGCCCAAGCUCAAUUGAGCGUAGAAUGCACAUGGCAUGUGUGAGUCGUUGUUUUCCAAAGAUCAGUUUAAAGGUUGUGAAGGUUUGUAUGGGAUCAUUACCAAUUUGAUUUUAAAAGAUCAGUGCAAAUACCUUAAUGUAUUAAAUUAAUUAUAAUAAUGAACAAUAAUUUUACUUCUAAAAUUGAAUUGGUUGUGAUGUGUUGUAACACGUAAAGCACCACACAAAGUGAACCACUGAACUCCAUUGAGCUUGGGUAGCCUGUGCAUACAGUAUUUGGUUCACUAGUAGCCAUUGUGAAUAGUGUUCCAAAACCAUGAGUACAGGUAUGAAGACUGUUAGCACAUAUUACUGUUAUUUCAACAGGGUGAGCAGGAGAAUCAUCUGAGAGAAGAAAAAGUCAGUGUGUUAAGAUUGGUUCAAAUCAAAGAACUAAGGAAACCUCUUGUGAUAAGUGUGGUGUUACAGCUGGCCCAGCAGUUCAGCGGAAUUAAUGCUGUAUGUUAAUACAUCCUGAUACAUUAUUAAGUUUGUGCCAUGUUGUAAAGUAAAUGGAAGGUGCCUGCAUAACAUGCAUCUUCUUCGGGUCUGCAAAAGUCCACCAAAAGGGGGUGGGGAAGUGGGACUGGGAGAGAAAAGAGAAAAAACAUGUUUUCUUCUCCCCUCCCCUCUCCCCUUCUGUUACUUUAACCCUAACAUCUACUUUGUCUAUCAAUGUUCUCAUCAUUGAUAGACAUGGUAGCCACGGUAGCAAAAACAUAAAUAAACUGCUUUUGCAUGCCCCAAAAUAUACCUGUGCUACAAGCUAUGGUAAUUUAAUUGCUAGUAAACACAAGAUAAAAGGCAAAAAAAGUGUGGCUGGUAUCAAUAAAUGAUUUUGUAAAUCACAAAAAACAUUUAACAUACUGUUUGUAGGUGUUUGUAUCCUCUAGAACUCUUUCAGACUCACAUUUUUGGCCAUUUGUUGCUCUAAAAAGAAGUGGCAACCCCACUAAAGAGCACUUAUAAUAUUUGUUGAGUAAACAGAAGGAUCUAUACAAAGAUCUCAGAAAUUUGGACAAGAGAUUUUGCUUUCACCAAAUUGUUACCUCAACUGUACCUUUGCUUUGGGGUACAGGGGCCUUGUUUUGGCUUUUCAAAGGUUUCCAAGCCAUUCGUGUGAGAUCUUACCGCCUUAUCUAUAUUACCUCCCUCAGCAAAAAGAAAGCAGUCAAGAAUUCAACAUAAUUAAAUCCGUUUUGCCUGAUCUGCCUCGUUAACAUCUUAAUUACGCAUUAUGGUCUGUACAUGUAAACUCGGUACAGUAAGUUCAUCAUUACUGCCUACUGAAAAUGUCACUAAUGAACAGUAUGCAGAUAUAAAGGCAGACUCAGACACACACUCUCUCUCUCUCCCGUAUAAUUACUUAGUAGAGUUAUGUGUUAUCCAUAGCUAAUAUUUUUUCACAUGGAUUCGAUUCAACAAAGAGUGUGACAAGUCUCCAAUUCUUGUCACUAUCAUGCUGGUAUGACUGAUGUUAGAUGAUCUAAGGGAAUGAUAAACCAUCAAGCAAUUUUCAUUUUCUUGUAGGUAUUUUAUUAUUCAACAUCAAUAUUUGCAUCAGCUGGUGUGAAAGAGGGCCGUGUAGCAUCUGUGUUUGUUGGUGUUACUAGUUUGGUCAUGACUGCUGUUACUGUAAGUUGCUCAUUGCACGGGCAGACCAUCCCAUAUUCAUGUGGCUGCUGUUGUCAUUGGAAGCUGAGCAUCGAUCUAUACUGUACCUGUAUAGAAGAAAAUUAUUAGAAAGAAACAUUAUGGCGGCUCUAUUUGCUCCAAAAUACAAAUUUCACUGUAAAUGUAUCAUUUAAAGUGUCUUCAACUUGUUUUCCGAAGGCCACAAGUUUAUUGUCAUUACUGACUGACUGACGUAAUUCAUAUAUUUUGUUAUCUCAAGCGUCAAUUUGUGCGAUCUUUUUCCACCGCCAAAUGCAAAAUAAAGCUGAAAAACUCUUUUCCUCCUAAACUUUAUAUUAUGGAACAAAUUGAAACCGCGGAAAUGUUCAUUCCUAUUUGUUAAAUACCAUAGGUCGAUGCUCAGUUUCAGUAACAACAAUGCCUCACAUCAAUAGAGGGUGGUUUGCCUUUACUGCUAUAUAGUCCUCUCCUAGUGAGCUGUCGGCCAACUUUCAGUUUAGUGAGUGACUAGCUUGUGUAGCUGGCGGGAUUAUUACUUCGGGGAUACUUACUUGAUGGCGAUGCUGUCGCUCAAAGCAAACGGUGGAGCCGCCAGGGAAAAUCCGUUUUACUGGUUCCCAAUCCUCUAAUCCUGCCAGGUACUUAUGCAAGUUAGAGACUCAAGAAAAACCUUUCAAGGAUUUGUUCACAGUACUACUGAAUUCAACCCCACGGCCCAGCACACUUGUAAAUAGCUUACUGGUUUGCCUCCUGUUAGUUCAGUUUCUUUAGCUUGUUACGUUACUUUGUUUGAUUUAUCUGUUCAGGCCACUUCCUUGGCCAAACUAGCAUUUGUGCUAUAAAUACUCAUUACUGCCGAGGGUAACUAAAGGUUGCAAAUAACCUAUCCCUGAAACAACAUAUCUGUACUAUAUUGGAUCCUGCUGAGGCCAAAUGUUUUUUUUUUUGUGUUUGUUUUUGUCGUAUCAGUCUUGUAUGUGUCUUGUUGUUUGAUCUUAGAGUACUCUCACGAUUUUGUUAAAACUGCAGGUAAAAGUAGUAGAAGUUAUGGGACGGCGAUCAUUACUGCUGUUUGGUCAAGCUGGCAUGUUUGUGUUUUAUGCAGUGAUGACAAUAUCCUUCCGUUUUGAGGUAAGACUCAUCUCAAGGGAUACUUUUAUAGUCUUUUUGCUAGAAAAAGAUGGCAUUUGAGCGUUCAAGCUGAACAUGAUUGUAAACUGAGUAAGACUGUGAUGAAAGAUCAUGUUUGAAGAUACUAAAUUCAGUGGACGGCUUCUGUCUGAAUGAAUGUACGGUUUGGUACUGUCUACAACGACCGCAGCCGCUAAAUUUGUUGUAAUAUACAUUGUUAUGCAGUGCGAUGAGUUGAGGUAAAUUCUAGUGCAAUUUAAACUGUAAAUGAUGUUUGUUGCUCUUGGUGAUUGCAGGAUUUAUCCGGAAUGAAUUACGUGUCAGUGGUAGCAACGUUGUUGACUGUGACCUUUUUCCAACUUGGUCCAGGUAAAGUUGCCAGGACUGUUUUACUUGUAGAUCGUCUUCUCGCCGUAAUGUUAGUAAUCCUGUGGUAUGGGAAACCUUGGAGAUUAGGACGGGAAUACGAUUGACAGUUAUUUAAUUAAUUAUUUAAUAAAUCAUUGACGUUUAUUUCGUAAACUUAGUAAACUUUUUGUGGAGAAUGAGUUGAAAUGACUAAUGAGGGUGAAAGUGCACUGAAGCUUGAAACAAGAUUUCCAAGCAUCACCUUAAUUGUCAUGCCUUCAAAAUCAAAUCACAAAGUACGCGUUUUUAACCCAUUCGCCCUCGUGAAUUUUGCCGAAAAACGCAUAGUUGGGCGGUUUUGUAGUCACUGUCUGGCUAUAAGGAGCUAAAGCUAAACACAAAGCCGUUUACAGGUCGUACAUUCGCGGCCUUCUGAUCCAGAUGCAAACUAUUAGCUUGCGAAGAUCGGGCAUGCACAGAAAGUAAAGUUUUGAGAUAUUUGACGUUUUCUUUUCGCUUUCUUUCCUCCCCCCUUCUUUCGAUUUUCUCGCCUCAUUUUUUCCUUUUUCUGGUCACUUAGUAGGCUUUAUUUCGGUGCGAGAAGUUUUUGGAAAUUCUUUUAGGAUCUUGGGAUUGGUUGAAAGGAAAGGUAGGUGGGGAGUGGAAGUAGAUUUUCAUGGAAAUUUUCGGGUCAAUGUUACAGGGUUUUUCCCUUUUUCUCCGUUAUCCUAGACUGAAUUGUGCUUAUUCUGUCAUGGUUUGAAAGAUCUCUUCACCCUGCACAUGUUAGCGGACAAACUUCUCCUUAACCGUUAAAACUGGUGAUAUCACAAGAGGUAGAAGGGAAGUGGAUCGGCACGGGCGGUUACGAGCGGUUCAGGGGUGAAUGGGUUAAGUAACUUGCACGUUUUUGUCGUUGUAUUUGUGAAUGAAUCCUUUUGUUUUGUUUAUUUGUCUGUAGGUCCAAUCCCAUGGUUCAUCACAGCUGAACUGUUCUCCCAGGGUCCCAGGCCCGCCGCGGUUGCUAUGGCAGGGGUGGUUAACUGGCUCGCAAACUUUAUCGUUGGACUUGUGUUUCCCUCAAUGCAGGUCAGUAUUCAGGUUGAACUUUGUUCCUUAUUGUAAAGUGUUAUUAACAGUGUCUUUAAUGUUUUGUUUAGGCAGCCUUGACGCCUUAUACCUUCCUGGUUUUCAUGGUGCUUGUGGCGUUUUUCUUUGUCUUUACUCUAAUUUAUGUACCGGAAACAAAAGGAAGAACUAUUGAGCAAAUAACAAGUCAUUUCAAGGCCGACUCAGAAGAACCGAAUGGGGUUCACGUCAUCUAUGAAAGAGAUCAUAAUAACUAAACAGACAGCUUUUGAAAUAAUGAAGUGCGAAAGAACAAUCGAACCUUCCUUAGGCAACAACCUUAAUACUAAGAAGUUGGUGUUGGCUCAGUUACACGAGGUGUUGUACAGGAAGGGUCAAGUGUAUGAAUAAUUUUAAUCCAAAGUUUAUUUAUGUGAUAAUUAACCAUCUGUACAUGAUUUCUGUGGACAUGAAACAAUUCCAAAUUAUUUAUAAACUAAUUAUGUGCUGAUAGCAGUUAUUCUAAAGCACAUUUCUCUUCGCAUCCUGAAUGGUUGUUUCUAUAAAGAAAAUAUAAUUUAUAAUAAUGACAAUAGCUAGUUAACACAACAGUAAAUCUUAGCAAUAAUAAAUUGGAGGAAGUCCACUCUUUUUUCCAAAACUGCUGUUAAAAGUGAAGUGUUGAUUUCACACACUGGUUUCUCAAGUGACUGGAGGUAGACUUUGGCCGAGUUGCCAUGGUGACCUCCUAGGUGCUAAGAAGAUGGCUGCCUUCAUCUGUCACUACGGCAGCUACACUCCGAUACUUCAAUUGGCUGAGAGUUGAAUUAAGUGAUAUUUUCAGACAAUUUUGUCACCUUUUGCCGCUAAUGGUGGAAAAUAUCUAUAUUUUUUGGUGGUACUU